AUGGCCGAAAACUCACUCAACCCUAUUCCUUUCUCCGAACCUCCAUACCUGCGCGGGCUUCCGUCCCCGUAUAUCACACCCGCCCACAGGCGCUUCCAGCAAGCAUGCCGUAAAUUUGCCUGGGAGAACCUCAUCCAACAUGCGAUGGAAUGGGAGAAGGCGGGAACUGUUCCCGAGCAUGUCUUCCAGACGUUUUGCAAGCACAACAUGCUUCUGCCCAAUAUGCCCGCGCCGCUACCCGUCGAAUGGUGCAAGCGCGUAGGGAUCCAUGAUAUCCUGGGUGUCAAGGUCGAAGAUUGGGAUUAUAUCUACACCGGAAUAUAUUGCGACGAGCUGGCGCGGUCCGGUCUGAGCGGCCCUGGUGGAUCGCUCAACGCCGGCUUUGCCUUUGGCAUUCCUCCUAUUGUCAAGUUCGGUGGCAAGGAUUUGCAGGAACGCUUCCUUCCAGAUCUUCUUACCGGCAAGAAGCGUGCCUGCAUUGCCAUCACCGAGCCCGAGGCUGGCAGUGAUGUUGCAAACAUCGUGACAACGGCCACCAAGAGCGCCGAUGGCAAGCACUACAUCAUUAGCGGAUCUAAGAAAUGGAUCACUAACGGUAUCUGGUCCGACUAUGCGACCAUGGCUGUACGCACUGGCGGCCCUGGCGCCAAGGGCCUUUCUGUCGUCGUUGUGCCCCUGAAGAACCAGCCCGGUGUCUCGAUGCGCCGACUCCAGGUUGCUGGUCAGAAGACCGGUGGAACCACCUACAUUGAGCUUGACGAUGUCAAGGUCCCUGUUUCCAACCUUGUUGGUCGGGAAGGCGAUGGUAUGCGUAUCAUCAUGACCAACUUCAACCAUGAACGACUCGUCAUCUCCGUUGGCGUCACUCGCCAAGCUCGCGUGGCUCUAUCCGCUGCAUUCUCCUACUGUAUGAAGCGCGAGGCUUUCGGAAAGACGCUUAUGGAUCAGCCCGUUGUUCGUCAUCGUCUUGCGAAGGCUGGUGCCGAACUCGAGACGAUGUGGGCGUGGGUUGAACAGAUCCUCUACCAAUUGACCCACAUGAGCAAGGAGGAAGGUGAUCGCCAACUUGGUGGACUAACGGCUCUGGCUAAGGCAAAGUCGGCUAUGGUUCUGAAUGAGUGCGCCCAGUGCGCAGUCCUCCUCUUUGGCGGUAAUGGUUUCACCCAGACUGGCCAGGGUGAGCUUGUUGAAGCAAUCCUCCGUGACGUUCCUGGUGCUCGUAUCCCUGGUGGAUCCGAGGAUGUCCUGCUCGAUUUGUCUGUGCGUCAAUUGGUCAAGAUUUAUCAGGCACAAGAGAAGCAGCUUGCUCAGAGCUCGAAGAUUUGA